UCGCCUGGCAUGGGUCUCGAUUUGUCACGAAACUGACUAAAGCGGACCACUCAAGUUCCUUAUUCGUGGCUGAAUCGAAACCAUGAUCACGCCAUGACAACUCGCAAAUAAGUGGGUGUAUCCCUGCAGGGUUUAAACAAAAUAAAUGACUCCCACAAGAUUUCCAAGCGGAUUCAUACAUGUAUAUAACAAAGGUUUUCCGCGUAGCAAAACAAACUGGUUCCAUUGUCAUUUGCUAGUCACCAUGCAAAAGCUGUGGUAGGGUAGCUUCGAUCUGCCCUGAUCCAGCGCACGUAGGCCUACAUCAACUAUCAUCAUACUGUAGCUAGGCCAGCAGAACGGACGCUGCAGUUAUCACACAGACAGCAGACGUUAUCCUGUGAUUCCUAAAGUUUAGAUUGCAAGGCUCUCGUUUACAGCAAGCUGUAGUCAGCUUUCGCAAGGCCGCAAUGGCUGAUUCGAAGCUCAUUACAGCGAUUGGGGAGGAGCUGGAAUGCCCGGUUUGCGCCGACUACUUCACAGAUGCAUGCUUCUUAUCUUGCAUGCAUUCCUUCUGCAGAGCAUGCUUAGAGAAGUGCGACAAGACAUACGGGCGUGGUGGCAAGACUUCAAUGAGUUGUCCUAUGUGCAGGAAGGUGACCAUGCUGGGGAAGAUCGGGGUAGCUGCACUACUGACGGACUACACCAGCAACAGGCUGGUAGAGCGUCUCAAGAGUGGCAUCAAAGAACGAGCCGCUGGGUACUCGAAAGUGGACGCCAUGACUUGCCAGAACUGUCGGGAUGGCGUCGUAGUUUCCUACUGCCUUUCCUGCUGCCAUUUCAUAUGCGCCAACUGUCAUUCGAUUCACUCCAAAUUAGUCGCUAUGAAAACCCACGAGGUCAUCCCAUUGAAGGAUCUACGCAAGGGCAACGUGACGGUGGUGCGUACAGAGAAUCCUCAGUUCUGCGGCCUUCACAGGUUGGACACCAUAUGCUUCUGCUACACCUGCCAACGCUACCAGUGUGACCUGUGCUGUAUGCUGGAUCGGAAUCGCGAAGGACAUAGCUGUACUGAACCGAGCCACAAUGACAACUCCGAGUCGAUUGCAGAGAAAAAGAAAGCGGGGAUCGUAAAAGCAGUGGGGAUAUUGUCUAAGAAAAGGAGUUCUGUUGAAGAGCAGCAAGGGGAAGUGAAGCGAAUGAGGGCAAGCGUCAAAAGGCACUACGGCGCCAUGAAAGACCAACUGAAAAGCACCCAUGAUUUAAGGCUCCGAACCGUCACCAGGGUUAUGACUGAAAAACAUAACGACCUUGUGAAGGUGAUUGAUGACGAUCAACAACUUAUGCUUACCAAGAUUGCAUCAGUGGACGAAGUUCUGGGGCACACGGAGUCCCGUACUUUGGAAGCAAAAUCGAUCGGUGAUAAUGCUCUCAAAGACGGACAGCAUGCCGAAAUAGCCGCAGUCAAUGAUUACCUCGAAAGCGUCAUCUCUAGUUUAGACGAAGACGUAACCCCCGACAGGGUGCUGAAACAAAUCAAGCAAUAUGCUGACAAGGUCAAGUUAACCCCUAUUGCAGCGGAUAAAGAUGUAGAAUCCCUCGCUUCACUUGGUGACAUUUUUCGUCCACAUGUUUGGGAAGACAUCGAAGUGUCUGGGCUCGACCUUGAUGACCCACUCCGAGCAAUAUGCUACAAUGCUGCACUCGAGUCUUUCGUUGUUUCCUCCAAAAACUCAAUCAGUACUAUCGACCUUGAUGGAAAAGCAAGUCACGUUUUCACUUUCGAAAACGGACUUAAUGUGCAAGAUAUCGCAGUCGAUAAAGAAGGUACUACGAGUUACGUGCUCUUUGACGACAACCGUAUCAGGGUCUUCCAAGAUCAAUCAUGGGGCAAAUAUACGGGUGUGAUUGAAGUUCCGAAAAAUGGCAGAGAGUCUACGCUUUCAUCCCUGUCCAUCAAUGACGAUGGUGUGGUCAUAGUGGGAGACCAAGCGACACAGACAAUUGUCGGGUGCUCUUCGACUGCCUUCCAGAAGAUGACGGACAUUUCACCGAUCAAAAUGACCUUCACCAGUAGCGGGGAGCUGGCUGUUGUGUGUCGCAACAUAAAGCAGAUAAGUGCCAAAAGCUCUGGCCGUUGGAAUGAAGCUGGGGUGUCCGUUAAGAUAUUUGGAGUGGAGGAACGGAGGGAAAACGUCGUAGUCCAGAACAACUGGCAGGCUGCCGCUGUUGCAUCAAAGGCAAGGAAUAGUAGCAACGUUGGACUGUUCUUCGCUUUGGGAAUAUACGUUUUGGAUGAUGGACGUCAACUUACAUCUUUGGCUGAAUACGACAGUUUCGGGACACAACACGAUGUAGUCUUCAAGGACAAAGAAUUGCCAGCCAACCUCGUGGAUGGUGCAUCACCCCUUCUCGCUGCAGACGACGAGGGCAACACCAUUGCCGUAUACACGGUUUCAAACAUGUGGCUAUUCCGGAGACGUGAUUUCAGCUCGAUCUAAAUCUGGUGACCCAUGCCGGGUACGAUGCGAUAGAUAAUUGAGCCCUUCGCUCAUUGUAUGACCAGACUACGAUCCAAUUUUGAAAGGAUUUAAAAUAGCAUUUGAAAUGAAUAUUCAGGCAUAUCAAAUUACAGGUAGUUAUCUUCUGAAUAGUCACAUGGAUGAUCAUUUCGAAAUGUCGGAAAAUUCUUAACUUCAUUGUAUCCAGGAAAAUCUAAAUUGACUCCAAAUCGCAAUGACGUCAGAUCAGUCGUGCAAUUGUCUACGAUUUGAAGGCGUUUACUCCAAAUGGAACGAUCACGUGGAACUAAAAUGACAAUUACCUGUAUUCAUAAUUAUUAUCAUUCAUAACUGUUACAUCAAUGGUGAAGAUGAUAUUUACUUAAAUUUGUACAUGUGAUUCUGUUGGGAUUUCUCAAAAAAUAGGAUCGCAGUAAAAUUGAACAAUGUGCAGUGGGGUUUUACUCUUUUUAGUAGCUAUAUUUUAUCCUUUUAGAUACGCUUUGAGUUUGUUAUUGAGAGUUGUCCUUGGGGCUCAUUUUGUUACUCGUUAUCUUUAUCAUUAUAACUGUCAAUAAUAUUAGUGCGAUGUAUUGAGAAGGCCGCACAAAUGGAAACAAAGUUGCAAAAUAAACCAGUGGACGGUUAUAAGAAAUGAUAUAUUCAACAACAUCAGCGAUGUUGUUGUUUACAUUUAAAUGUUGAGUGUCUGGCUCUGUAUACUUUAUAUAGGUACCUAUACAGAGGCUGAAAGUUGUCAAGGAGGGAGGGCCGAACUAAUUGUUGAAGAACCGUGACAAGAUUUUUUUUCUUUUUACCAUCUUGUAAUUUUCAAAAGUUGUUUUGUUUAAAUAAUUUGUAAAGUGCUAUUAUAUCUCGGGUGGAAGGGAGAGGGGAGGGGGCAGAGGAUGAAUUUUUCGGAUAUGAUUUUGAAAGGGCUGGUCCCUUCGGCCCAUCCCUGGAUCCCCAUUGUAUACUAAAGAUGACACAGAUAUGAACCCUUUGUGUAAUUCCUUUAGAUAGAGCAGCUAUUAACUAGCAUAAGUACUACAUUGCUAUAAAUAAAAUAAUAACUUGAAACCGCCCCCUCCUCCUUAUGAAAUUAAUUAGACACGAAUGGACACCUGAUAAAUGAUAAUUAUUAUAAUCUUGUAUAUUAUGAUACAGAAUAAAUAAUGUUUAUUAGUAAUGUGCCAAAUCAAAGAAACAACUAAAAAAUAAACUGGAAAACAGUUUGGGACUACAAUGAAUUGUAGUGACCAGAUUGUGCUAAUCCGAGGGAAUGCUUUAAAAUGUACGUCAGUUUCUGCAAGCUUCAGGGAGUUCGUGAAUUACUUUCUAUUUCAUGACUUCUCCCCCCCCCCCCUCCUCCCAAAUCGAUAAUGCCAUAUGAUUUCUUACAUACAUGUUCAACGAACCAGAAUCUCCUUCAUUGCAAUUUCGCCGCCAGCCCUGAAACUCAUUUUCAAUUUGCUAUAGCCUUAAUAUACAUCUGCAAUUUUAUUGGACUUCGCUACUAUGAUUCCACAGUUUGUGGUUUGGAUCAAUAACUAACUAGUAAUUGUUGUCUAUUACCAUCGCGUGCCAAUGAAAAGUUUCUAAUUGGAUGACGUUGACCACAUAAUUACCCAUUCAGGGAUAUUCCGGAAUUCCCACUCAGUUAUCUGAUAUUUCAUGAUAUGGAUUAUUAGUAUCAGUACAUGUCUUUCUUUAGUCACACGAAAAUUCACCGAAUGGGGAAUAACAGUGACAUAAAGUGGCGGAUCCCAGAUUCUCUUGCUGAAGGGAGGGGGGGGGGAUAUCAAAACCCCCUUUUUGAUAUAUUACAUUUUGUGUUGCGUUAUUCCUUGAAGAUUUUCCACCCGUCCCAUGCCCCUUCCCCCCCCCCCCCAAGAAAAAAAGGGGUCAUCCUAUUUAGGAUGCUUUAUUUGUUUACUUCAAAUUGCUCGCACAAGACCCCUAAAGGUUAUCACACUUUCAGCUGCCUUUUGAGGUCUGAAAUUAAUGCGGGUGGGGGAGGGGGGGGGGGUGCAAAUUUCCUAUUACUCGAUGUACUCUUAAUUUUAUGCUAGAAUGACUUAAUAUAUUAACUAGGGGAGGGCAAAAUGAUUGUUAUGUGUUUGAUUUCUGAAGUACAAUGUCAAUAUAUUGGCUUUAAUAAGAAAGUUGAGUUUUGGAAAGCGGAAAGGUGAGAAGUAAAUGGUUAGCUUUUCAUUAUUUUAUGUUUUUCGGGGAGUAUAUCCCCCAAAAUCACCUGAAAAGGACUACUCUUCAAAUGCCAUUGUAUUCGACAUACGACAAGCAAUGGCUGAAACAUUUGGACCAAGCCUUUAUGUAAUGCCGUAUGUCUGUGUAGUCCCAUAUACACAUAUCUGUGUUCAAUACAUCUGUCUUUCAGCAAGACAUUGUCUUAUACAUGUUAUAUAAUUUCCAAAACCUCACAGUAUUAUGUGCCAAAUAGUCUACAUUUUCCAAACGCUACAAAGACAGUUUUUUCACAAUGUAAUCGCGUGACCAGAACUCAUUUUGUUAUCCUUGAAAUGUGAAAUUAUGCGUUAUUUGGAGUAGCUAUUAUGAUUGUGUAGGUGCCAAUUAAGUACAGUUAUUGUUGUGGUAUCGGUUUGAGUGUUAUUGGAAAGGCAUAACCGGGUGUACAUGGUAUUCAGUCUGCAAUAAUGUAACAAGUAUGUGAUAUUUUAAUUGCGAAAAUGUGUCGCCAUUUCAUCCUAUGGUUUGUUAAGCAAUAUAUAUGUAUACUGGUAUCUCAAUGGGGUGCCUGGAUAUUGACCUGGAUAUUGUGAAUAAGAAAGUGAAGUGUGAAAA